UAAAUUUAUUCCCUGGGGGGUUGUGUUGUACAGAUGAUGUUAGGGUUGAAAAAGGAAGUAUUUGGUUUCUGGGUGAUGGUAAUGGAAUGAUUGUCUUUAAAUUGGAACGUGAACGACCUGUUUAUGCUGUUGUUGGAAAUCUUGUUUAUUAUGUUAAAGAAAAAUAUUUACGACGAUUAGAAAUAACAACAUCAAAAGAUGUUCCACUUAUGCAAUUACGAAGGUAA